CAUUUCGUUUCGACAUCAUCGAACAAUGAUAGCGGAUCGCGCUAACAAAUUAAUGUUUUUUGUAAAUUAUUAAGUUUUGCUGCACAUAAGUUUUUGUUACACUAUUUAUUUGACUUAGUCAUGAAAUAUGAUUAUCAUGGUGAAAGCGUUUUUGCUAUGUCUUAUUCUUACACUUGCCAGUGUUUCUUGCAGAAUACACAAGCUAGCUCUGACGGAUGAUGACCGUCGGUAUGUGGACCUCACCACAUUCGGGUUCUACCAGGAUGGUAUCCUCGAUGUCCAUCUUGUCAACUUCAAGCUGCCAUCAGGUCCAGUGCAGGGAGAGUACGGGUUCACUCUCGACCGCACCGUCAAUGAUGCGAUGCGUCCACAGUUUGAAGCGUCAGACUCCUGCUUCUUGACAGACACCAGCGUCACAUCCCCGCAGCACCCGGCCAUUGUGCUCCUGCGCAUGGACUUCGUUAAUAUGAAACUGAACAUCUCGUGCAUGGGCGAGGUGCAGGCGCUCCACCUGUACCCGAACCGGUCGGCCAUCCCCGUGUGGAUCAAGCGGCAGUCCGGCUACAUGUUCGUGAACCGACGGCGACGGUCGUUGCUGCUUGAUGAACCUCUUGUCAAAAGCAAGGAGGUUAAAAUGAUGCCUCAAUGCUCAUACGCAGCUCUGCCUAUUACCAAAGAGACGAGAGAUGGCUUCGAUUACUACAAUACUAGUUUCGCGAUGUUUGUGGCGUCGGACAAGGAGGAGGGUCUGUACAACCUGUACUUCCACAACUGCCCCAACACGUCGGAGCCUACACCGCCGCCGAUCAACAUGAUGAUCGAGAUAUUUGAGAGCAACGAAGACGGCAACUUUCUGUCAGCUGGUGAAAUGCCACUACCAGCUUUAUACAGCAUGAUGUCUCUCAUCUUCUUCCUGAGUGCUGGCUUCUGGACCUUUAUCCUGCGCACAAGCAGACACCCUGUAUACCGUAUCCACAUCAUUAUGUGUGUGUUGGUGUACUUAAAGGCGAUAUCGUUGGCCUUCCACGGGAUCAACUAUCACUUCAUACAGACUAGAGGGGAGCAUGUUACGGCUUGGGCUAUUCUGUAUUAUAUUACGCACUUACUGAAAGGCGCCGUAUUAUUUGUAACCAUAGUCUUAGUCGGCACCGGAUGGAACUUCAUCAAACACAUACUGGCUGACCGGGACAAGAAACUCUUCAUGAUCGUCAUACCAUUGCAGGUGGUAGCGAACGUGGCCGAGAUUAUAAUAGCAGAGAGCGAAGAGGGUGCGGCGGAGCACAACGCGUGGAUCGACAUCUUCAUAUUGGUCGACCUGCUGUGUUGCGGCGCCAUCCUGUUCCCAGUUGUCUGGUCUAUCCGGCACCUGCAAGACGCGUCAUCAACGGACGGGAAGGCCGCGAUAAACCUGCGCAAGUUGAAGCUAUUCAGACACUUCUACAUCAUGGUGGUCGCCUACAUAUACUUCACCAGGAUCAUUGUGUACUUGCUCAAGAUAACAGUCCCGUUCCAAUACUCGUGGAUCGACGAGAUGUUUCGCGAGCUGGCCACGUUCGUAUUCUUCGUGACGACGGGCUACAAGUUCCGCCCCGCCGCCGCCAACCCCUACUUCACGCCCAGCACCGACGACGUCGAGCCCACCGUUCUAUCUGAGAUCGGCGUGCUAGAAGGGGUGUCCCGCGUGCCGCACCGGGGGGACUGGAGACGAGACGACGUUCAGCCGCUGCUGCACGACACGGGUUGCAACUCCGACUAGCGCGGCGAUACGGUCACCUACACGCAACUGUCGCACGGUGUCAUCUACAACGAGUCUUUG